AUGAAGGUUUUGUACACGAAUGCAGCAGCUAGUGUUGAGGAGUGGAUCACCAAUGCUGAAGCUUCCCUCGAUUCUUCUGCUAGGAAGAUUGUUGGUCUUGAUGUUGAGUAUGACAGACUCAGGUACAUUUUUGUUGGGUUUUGCACCGCAGAAGACUGCAACGUUCUCUCACGUUCAAAUCACUAUGUUCAUAAUCUGAAGGAUAUCCAGGAAAUAUGGAGAGAUCCGGACAAUAAGAAGAAACUUCAAGGCCUGAAGGAUGUUGCUGGAGCUAUUAUAUAUCCAAUCUAUUUUGAGAUGAAGGAUGGUUUUGGAAGGGCAGAGCACAGGAUGUGGGCUAAUCCGCCGCCUCUACCGCCUAAGCAUUUGGAAUAUGCUACAUGGGAUGCAUAUGCAACGUACGAGGUUUUUCGAAGGCUGGAUUUGUUUGAGAGGGGCUUCUUCUCCUUAUUCAAACAUCCCGAGAAGAAGCGUGGCAGGGAUUGGUGA